GAUAUAUUUGCGAUAUGCAAUAUAACGCUGCGCUAGCAAUAUGACGAGAAAGUUCCGUGAAAUGUUUGUAAUAAGUUUUCAUAGCUGACAUUCAAGUAAUUUGUUUAUAAUGUUGUGCAAUAUACAACUUUGAUAUGACAUAAGAAUAAGCAGAAAUGCAAGACAUUUGCGAAAAUAUUCGUACAGCUAUUGAACAUGGACGUACCGAUAUAAUUAGAUCCCUGUUAGAUGCAUGUGAGAAUGGCAAUGCAACUGAAGGUAUAACAAAAGAAAAAAUUCUAAAUCAACCACUUCUAGAAGAAGGUACUUUCCUUUCAUAUGCUUCAAAGGCAAAUCAACCAGAUAUAGUACGAACAUUGUUAAGCUGUGGUGCUAAUCCAGCUGUCCAGAAUACUAAUGGACAUAAUGCUGUAGAUGUUGCAUCAAGUGACAUAAUACGUCGUACUUAUAUUGAAGAGUUAUUAAGAGCAACUGCUGCAUCUGAGUUGGAUAGGGUAGUACAAUUAUUAGAUGCUGGAUUAAAUGUGAAUUCAUGGGAUUCCCAUGGCAGUAAAAAUACUCCUUUACAUUGGGCAGCUUGUUAUGGAAAUAAAGAUAUUGUCACAUAUUUAAUUGAUAGAGGGGCAGAUGUAAAUGCUGUUAAUGGCUGUGGUGCUACACCAUUACAUGAUGCAGUAAAUCGUGGUGAUGUUGCUAUUUGUCAAGAAUUAUUACAAGCUGGUGCAAAUCCCCUUGUACGAGCAACUAAAGGAACUUUUGCAGGGAAGACUCCAUAUGAUCUUACUAGAGGAAAACAAUCUUUGCACUGUUUUCUUCAAAGAUUUCUAUCAAACUUUGUAUCGAACGACAGUGAAACAAUGCAUAGCCCAACUGCAACAUUUACAGACGGAAACUUCUGUCAAAAAAGCAUCUCAAGUAACAUGAGUCAACUUUCUAUUGAAUCUACCAAAUCAUUAGAUCCAGUUUAUGACUUACCAUUACGUGAAUCAGGCAAAGAAAGCCCCACUAAAAGUACAGAAAGAGAUGGAAUUUAUAGUUUACUUUGGCCACAGCCAAAAACCAUUGUUGAAUUGAAAAAUUCUUCUACAUCUUUUAUUGCUGGGAAAGAACUUUUUAUAUCUAUAAUACAGGGUAGUGAAUCCAUACACAGAAUAUUAGAUGUUUGGGAAAUUAGCAGGACUCAUUUACUGGAAUUAGGUUAUGAUGUUAAAAUUGGUGAAGUACAUCCUAGUUCUGGCAAAUUAUUGACUGAUAACCGAAUUGAAUGUAUAGUUAAUAGAAGUCUGUUUAAUACACCUGAAGGAUAUCAAUUGCAUAUUUCACAAAAUACUAUUAAAGUUGGUGCUGGAAGUUUGGCUGGUUUACAUUAUGCAGUUUGUACUUUUGUACAGAUUUUGCGAUUAAGUAAAAAUCAUAGUAAAUCAGAAGCAUGUGAAAUCGAACCAGUUUUUAUAAAAGAUGAACCGCGAUUUACCCAUCGUGGUAUAUUGUUAGAUAUCUCACCGAGAGGACGAAUACCUACAUUAGAAUAUUUACUUCAUAUGAUCGAUUUAUGGUCGUCAUUUAAAAUAUCUUACUUACAUUUAUAUUCAAGACUUACACCAAAUUGUGAUUGGCAAUUAUGUUAUUCAAAAUCAGAAAUGGUUACUCUAGAUCGUUACUGCAGAGAUCGACAUUUGGAUUUAGUUCCAACUUUGGAUGUUGAUUCUAAUGUAGGACAACAUCAUUUGUCACAAAUGUGGCCUAUAUUCCAAGAAUUAUUAGCAGUAUUUCCAAGUUUAAGUUAUGUUCAUGUUGGGCCUAGAUUGGCUAAUUUGCUUGUUCAAGCAGAGAACCUUGAUUUGAAUUUGUCAGUUAAUGAAACUAUAGAAACAGAUAUGUCAGAAGUAUUUAAAUCAUACUCUUGUCUCCAAGAACUUUGGCAUAUCUUAGAUUUAGGUCCAAAUACAACUUUACUACUUUGUUCAAAUGGCUUACAUUCUAAAGCAGAAUUUCAUAACAUACCCAGUAAUAUUAUUCUUGUUGAAUACGGAUUUCAGGCUGAUUAUGAUUUUUCUGAAUGGACAGAAGCAUUUAGAACAGCAGGUGGUAAUGUAUUACCUAGUUCUGGAACAGCAAGUUAUAAUAGUUUAGCAGGAUGUCCAGCAUCAACAUAUGCAAAUACAAAGAACGCAAUAAAAACUUCUCUUGAACAGGAUUCAGUGGGUAUAGUUGUAGCUCAUUGGUCUGGAAGUCAUCAUCUUACUCCUCAUCCUUUUGCAUGGAUUGGAUAUUUAAUAGCAGCAGGAUUGGCAUGGAACCCAGCUAGUGAAGUAGAUAUAGGUAUCAAUGAUAACUAUGAAAUACCUGAAGUAUUUGGAUCAAGGCAGAAAUGUAUUACGAAAUUAUUAGAUAUUCAUGUUUUUCAAGAUUCUGAAUAUAAAAUUGGUAAUGCAAUAUUAGAAUUAGGGCGUUUAGAUACUUUAGUACUUACUUUAAGUAAGAAUCAAGGAACAAAAGAUCUACAACAAAUCCCUGACAAUCGAGGAUCAACUUUGUACAGAUUAUUAACAGAUCCGGAUAAUGUAAAUUUAGAAUACCUUUCGGCUGAUUUAUUUGCGAAAGUAACAAAACAAGUUAAACGUAUUUCACAUUCAUUAUAUGAAGGAAGUCUAUCAUCAAAGUUUGCAUCAAUGGAACUACAAGAGCUCCAGUUGACCGCUGAUUUAAUGUUAACAGCAUGUAAAAUUGGCAGAACAUUGAUUGGCGUUGGUGUUAAUCCAAAUAGUAAUAUGGGCCUUGCAGUGAUUAAUUUAGGUAUAUGUAAUCUGCCUCCUACAUUUAGGACUGAUGUAGCAAACAAAAUGUUGGCUCAUAUAGAACAGUAUAAAGGUUCAUGGUUACAAAGGCAUUUACCUCAGGGACUUCAAAGCUCUCUACUAGUCUUGACUAGUGCUUUACAUAGGUUUGUGCCAGAAACAUAAUUUUUUGAGCUUUGAAAAUAUAAAAGACUAUUUGUAUAAGUAUACAAAAUGAAUAUCAGUUCCUGCUAUACAAGACUGCAGGUAUAUACAUGCUGUGCUAAAAGCAAUUAUAUAAAGAGCUUAUGAAUGUUCCUUUAUAACAAAAUUUGCUAGUAUAGUGUAACAUGAGAGCAUUCCACUUAUUUCAAAUACAGUUUUAAUUGUUCUUUUCAAUAGAACAAUUCAUAUUACAGUGACAUUUAAUAUUUAUGUGAAAAUAAUUAUACAUAUAUCUAAGGGAACAUUCUCAAGGUCUAAUAAGAUAUUUAUAUAACAAAGUAUUGUUUUUGCCAAUUUAUAAUAUGAAAAGUGAUAAUUACAAUUAUAGAAUUAUUUUUAUUUAAUAUGAUUGUAUUGAGUAAUUAUAUAUAUGCUUCCAAGUCAUUACAUAUAAAUUGUACAAGAUUUUUGUGGCAAGAUUGGUAUUACGAACCUAUACACGAAAGUAUUUUAAUACUAAGUGUUACUAAAACAAGGUAAUAUUUGUACACUAUGAAUCCUUUAUAUCAAUAUGUAACAAUUUACAGUAACAUUACUACUGUAUUAAACAAUACUUUAAUUAGUAUCCAAUGUGAAAUAAUUCAAAAGCUUAUAGUAUUGUUAAGUUUUUCUUAAAACAACACUUUUAUACUUAUAUGUUUGUAAUAUUAAUUUGUGUUAAUCAAAUACAAUAUAUUCUGGUAUUUUUAAAA